UUUAUGGCACUAGCCAGAGGAAAAGCUAAUGGGGAUUCUUGAGUUUAUGCUUACUCUCUGUUUCAUAGGUAUGAAUGGGAUUAGAAUGGCUUUCUUUUUCCUACCUCUGUUUCACUUAGUAGCCAGGUAACGUUACCCCAGGAAUGUAUUUAGUGGCUUGGUCAGCUAAUAAAGCAAGGCAGCUUGAAAGAGGCGAGUUCCUCCUUUCAUACCUAAGCAACACAGUUUGAAGUGAACAUUGAUGGAAACAUUUCCAGAACAACUUUGUCUAUUAAUUAGCAUAAUCCUGCAGCAGUCAGGGGGGAAAUGAACAGAAUUCAUCCUCAGAAUAUUGAAGGAGCUUCAUUUGGUUCAACAAAAUCUCUAUUCACUGCUAACAGAGGUACUAUACAGGGCCUGCAAGGUUGCUGCAAGGAUUGCUGUGCAUGCAUCCCUUGCACCCAACAAUGUAUCUGCGUAUCUGCCAUUGGUCUUGGUAUACUUGGUGUCAUCGUUACUGUCAUUGCAUUGGCGGUCACAAUUGGCAUCCCUCCACAUACACCAGUAAAUCGUUUAUGUCUGACCUCUGGUAAUCAGACAGGCUUUUUGUGUGACAACAGAGAGAGCUGCAUUCCAGCCAGCCAGGUCUGUGAUGCAAGACAAAAUUGUGCAAAUGGGGAGGAUGAGCAAGGGACACUAUGCGAUGAUUUGCCCAACAACCUUCCAGGAGACUUGAUAUUUUAUUGCAGCAACCGCAAGGUUUGGGUCUACGCAGACAAAAAAUGCAAUGGAAUCAAUGACUGCGGUGACUGUUCUGAUGAAGUAGGAGCUUGUAAGUAUUUGCUUGCAAAGUUCUGCUUGGGGCCAGUUGCCCUCCUUGUGGGCCUCAAUGGUGGGGAUGCACCAUGGUUGUCUUCCAUAUGUACUGUACCUGCAUUCCCAGACGUCUUUGCCGAGAUGGAAUACAGCACUGCAGUGACUGGUCUGAUGAAUACAUCUGCACAAGAUGAGCACUCCAGGAGUAACCUUCAGAAUAUAAUGGGAGCUAUCCAUCAAAUACCGCUGUUGGGGAAUUGCCAUAUUUCUCAGAGGGGCUUGUGAUAGAUGCAUUGUGUAGUGUUAGGUGCACUGCUCCUAGA